CCUGUCACUCCCUGACCCCACUCACCCAGCCCAACUUGCUAGGGGGUAUGGGGUGGGAUGAUUUAUUCAGUUUUAAGCUGGCAAGAACCUGCCACGACUGUCCCCUGUACUGUCUCUCUGAAGGUUAUCUGACGAAGGUUUAUUCUGAGGCCAGGAUCUCUAUCCCACAGGAGGGGGUAAAAGCUCCAGCUUCAGCACCAAAACCAAGCCACCCAGAGUCCUCCUGGUACCAGUAUCCAGUUGUGCAUCCUUGGGCACGCACCCAUGCUGCUGGAGUCUUAGUUUCCCACCUGGAGGAUGGAGGGAAGAGGCUGCAAAAACUCCUUGGACCUUUCUUCAGAGACACUUCUCCUGUGACACUGAGUUUUGCCCUGCUACAUGCCUUGAACCCACCAAAUCUUUUCCAGCGCCCUAGGCCAGGUACACAGGUGGGUUUCUAGGAGCAUCACCAGCCUCAUCUCCCAAGAUUAGAUGGAGUGUGGUCCUCAGGGUGUGCCAAGUUCCAGUUCAAAAGGUCAGGGAACUGAAUAAGGUGCUCAGGUCUGGCUCAUUCCCCUCCCAGACCUACCCCAAGUUGCUGUGUAACCCUGGGAAAGUCAUGGGUUUCCCUCUGGGCUUCAUCCUUCCUUUUUUUCCAUGAAAUGUGGGGGUAUAAUGCUUGAGUUUCCAUGGGCUCCCAAGACUCAAAAACACUGACUGGGCCUCUGAGGCAGGGUGAUCUCAUGCAUACACACACAUGUGGCCCUGCCCUAGUUUCCAGAGCCUGGAGCUUCCCAUCCUAGCAGAAAGGACCUUCAUGGAUACCUGUGAUGAUAAACAUGGGUCCCAUGUUAGCCACGCACAUGCGCAUGUACAUGUGAGUGUCUAUGAAGUGUGUGGGUCUCUGUGAUGGUGCAUGUGUGAUGUGACCUUGCCUCCCCAGAGCCUAAUACCUCUCAUGACUCUUCAUCCUGACAAAACCAUCCCAAGGACCCAGUCACUCAUUAGGAACCUGUCAGGAGUCUAUGUCCAUCCCACCUCCCUGGGGAUGACUUAUAGUUUGUGUUUAAUAAAUGACUGUGGGUCAACGAUGGGGAUGGAAGGGGAGACAGGACAAAUGAAGGCUCAGUUACCCCGUCCCUAAACUUGGGGAGGUGGCCUGAGCCCUCAACAACCCAAGACCCCUCACAAAGGAUAUUGGUAAGAAAGGACAGCUUGUCCCAGAUGCUGUUGUCCUCACCUGACCCUGAAUUCUGCCCCACUCUGGUAGCCCAAGGGAGGCUGAGGUACAGGGCUCUUAGCUAUGACUCAGCGGAAGGAAGACAGAAAUGGGGGGUGGCAGGGUGAUGCUGGGGCCCUAAAGGGUUUUACUUCUCAUUUUUCUUUCCAAAGCACAGCCGGUUCUCAGAAAUGAAGGUACCCAGAACCAGAGAAACUCCAGGUUUUCAAGGGCAUCGGGUUCCCCAAUCUUUCCACCUCAGAGGCACCAUCAAGGGCCUGGGGAAGUCCCAAGCCCAUGUCUCUUGCCUGGGGCUCUCAUCCCUGCGCCAGAACAGGGAUCAAGUGUGGGGGCCAGGUGGGAGCUGUGGCCUAGAUUCACUUGCUAUGACAGAUGCUGGAUUAGAGGAGGUACUGGGAACUUCCAGGCCCUGUGGGUAGCUGAAGCAGUCAGGGCAGGCUUCAAGGAGGGAGUAGUCACGUGGCUACAUUAGAGUGGCCUGGAUGCCCCGCCCCAUAAGUUCCUU